AUGGCUUUAUACGAAGGGAUAGCUCUAAUACAAGAGAAACAAGCCGUUGUGCUAGAUUUGGGCAGUGAAUAUACCAAGUUUGGUUUUACUGGUGAAGCAGCUCCACGAUGUAUUAUAAGAUCACAAUUCUGGUGCUCGACAGAAAGAAGAUUCAAGAAGGUUUAUGAGUACUCUACACCUGAGGAGCUAUAUGAUAACCUAGUUAAUAUGUUACAUUUAUUGUAUUUUAGGCAUGUCCUGGUGAAUCCAAAGGAACGUAAAGUGGUUGUAGUGGAGUCCCUGCUCACUCCUACUCUGUUCAGGGAAACACUAGCCAAAGUACUGUUCACACAUUAUGAGGUGUCUGGCGCAGUGUGGGCGGACAGUCCGCGGAUGUGCGCGAUGACGCUGGGCGCGCCCGUCACGCUGGUGGUGUCCCUGGGCGCCCGGGAGGCCGAGGUGGCCGCCGUGGUGCACUCGUGCGUGGUGCUGCGCGCCGUGCAGGCGCAGCCGCUGGGCGCCGCCGCCGUGCGCGCCGAGCUGCUGCAUCUGCUGCGCCAGGACUGCGGCUCCGACCUGCACCUGCCCGACCAUGUGCUCGAGGACAUCACAGUGAAGACGUGCUUCGUGAGCCCGCGGGCGCGCGCGCUGCGCUGGCAGUCAGACAGCCCGCCGGAGCCGGCGCGCGGCGUGCGCUACCCGCUGGCGCGGCUCGGCGCCGUGUGCGUGUCGGGGCGCGCGCGGGAGCUGGCCGCCGAGCCGCUGUUCCGUCGCGACAACGAGCUGGCCUCCCUCCCCGACAUCGUGCUGCAGUGCAUCAUGCAGUGUCCGAUCGACGUGCGGCGCGCGCUGGCGGCCAACGUGCUGCUGACGGGCGGCGCGGCGUCGCUGCCAGGGCUGCGCGCUCGCCUGUCCCAGGAGUUGGCGCACCUGUGCACGCUGCCGCCGUACAGCUCGCGGCUGCGGCUGGGCGAGUUCAAGUUCCACCGGGCGCCGGCGCACGACAUGAGCUGCGCGUGGCUGGGCGGCGCGCUGUGCGGCGCGGGUGAGGCGGGGGGCGGCGCGGGGGGCGGGCGGCUGCUGUCGCGCGACGUGUACUGUCGCGAGCGGCGCCUGCGGGACUGGGUCAACCUGCUGGACAACACGCCGCCGCACCACCCGCAGCGGGACCACCUCGACCUCACUCUGUAGAGACCGAGCGCGCCGCAUUUAUUUAUUUUAAUCGUAACAUCAAAUCGUUAUAUUGCGCAACCCGUGUCGUGUCAAAUAAAUACUUUACCAA